AUGAAAUUCAAUAAGACAGAGACGGAAUACAACAUGAAAUCUAUAAGAUUUCUGUUGUUGACCAUCACCACAAUGUUUAUCAUAAUUUCUAUUUUGAUGAUAGUACUAGGAUUCUCCGUAUACUCUAAAUAUCACAGUUUCUCUUAUUUCUACGACAGCGCCAAGAAUGGAAAUGUCUUCACUCCUUCAGUCCUCAUUAUUAUACUCGGCAUAUUUUUGUUCGUAGUAACACUGUUUGGUUUCUUUGGCAGUUUGAAACAAAGCACAUGCUUAGUCAAUAUGUAUGCGCUGAUCCUGACUUUAUUGCUCAUUUUGAAACUGGUUGUGGUCAUACUAACAUUCACAUUAAAACCUGAAACAUUAAAGAAUUAUAUCUACAUACCCAUCUCGAAGUACGUGACAGACCCGGAGAUUGAAAUGGAAAUCGAUCGAUUACAGAUUACUCUCAAUUGUUGUGGAGCUAAUUCGUAUUUAGACUAUGUUGGUAUGGACUUCACGAAUCAAUCCACCGUGGCCGUCACUACUAGGAUAAACGGCGAUGAAUUGGAAUUGGUCGUGCCACAGAGCUGUUGUUCCCCAAGAGUUGACUUCUGCACGUCUGUGAGAUCUAUCAGCUGUAGGACAGCCAUCAUCAAUCUGUUCGUCCAGAAUGCUAGCGUAAUCGGAGUGCUGGGAAUAUCGGUUAUGUUUAUACAAGUACUCGGUAUAAUAUUCGCACUCCUACUAGCGAGAUGCAUUCGAAAGAUGAAAAGUGAGAGGACCUUUCUCUCGUGGAAAAUCAAAGAACAGAUGAUUUUGGCGCGUGAACAAGAAGAGGAGAGCGUAAAGGAAACUAGAGAUACCUUCCGGGAUUCGAACCCGGACCCAAUGAGCGGCGUGUACAUUGCACCACACGAAUGUAGCACUGCGUAG